AUGCGUCAGGAUCUUCUGCUUCUCAGCCUCUUGGCAUCAUCUGCCGCAGCAGUCUCCGUCGAGUUGAAACAUGGUAUCGUCGUCGGUCAACAAACACCUCGUACGGAGCGCUUCCUCGCCAUCCCCUACGCGGAGCCGCCUAUUGGUCCCAACCGCUUCAAGCCUCCGGUGCCACUGCAGGCUUCCUUCGGCACCCACGUCAGCCCGGCCUUCGCCCCGGCUUGCAUGCAGACGCCAAUGGACCUGAGCGAAUACGCCAAUAACCCGGCCACCAUGUCCGUCCAGGCACUCGAAUUCCCGUUCAACGGGCCCGUGCAGAACGAGACGGAAGACUGCCUUACCGUCGACGUCGUUAGGCCUAUCAACACCACCGCGGAGUCCAAGUUACCCGUGUUCUUCUGGAUCUACGGCGGGGGUUUCAUAAACGGCGCAACUCAGCAAUAUACCGGAGACAAGUUUGUAGGGUUCUCGGUGGACAUGGGCCAGCCGGUGCUUUACGUCGCGCCGAAUUACCGUGUCGGUGUGUUGGGUUUCCUACCCGGCAGCGAGAUCAAGGCGGAAGGAUCUUCGAAUGCCGGACUGAGAGACCAGAGGCUGGCGCUGCAGUGGGUUCAGGAGAACAUUGCCCAGUUCGGUGGCGAUCCUGACAAAGUGACCAUCAUGGGCGAAUCGGCUGGGGCACACUCGGUGGUGUACCAGACCAUCAUCAACCACGGAAACCACACAUGGAACGGCAAGCCUCUGUUCCGCGGAGCGAUUCAGAGCUCCGGCGCACCUCACCCGCUGCUGGACAUCGACGCGGCCAAGCCUCAGGGUAUCUACGGCAGGGUCGUCGACGCAGCCGCAUGCCGCAAUGCCACCAAUACUCUCGAUUGUCUGCGGGGACUGAGCACCGCCGAGAUAGUAAGCGCCGGGACGGCCAACCCAGGGCCCCUGUCGUACCGGGGUCUCGACGGAUCCUAUCGCCCACGGCCCGACGACAGCGACGACUUCCUCCCCGUCUCGAGCGACCUUGCGUUCCAGUCAGGCGCGCAUGCCAACGUCUCCUUCAUCAACGGCAACACCCAGGAUGAGGGAGCCUUCUUCUCCCAGUGGCAGACGAACGUCACCACGGUCGACCAGCUCGUCGAUUACCUCACUGGGGCGCUCCCAGACGUCUCGCGGUCUCUCAUAGCCGGCUUCGUUGACACGUACUCCCUCGACCCCGCCGCAGGCUCACCGUACAACACGGGCACUGAGAACCAACUGUAUCCCAUGUACAAGCUACUCGCCUCGGUGGCUGGGGACAGCUUCUUCAUCUUCAACCGUCGGAUGCAGCUCCAGCUCACGUCUCGCGAAAGGCCGUCGUGGUCUUUCCUGGUGUCAUCGUACUCGACGCCGUGGUUCGGGAACGCGCACGGCGUGGAUCUGUACGGCAUUUUCUCCGAAGGGACGAGACAAGAGGUGACGGAGGGAAGCCAGUCUUAUUACUACGUCAACUUUGUUAACCACCUCGACCCCAACGGCAAGGAAGGCAGCUCGCCGCCGGGAAACAUGCCUUACGUUGGCGCGUGGCCGCGAUACACGCCAGAGAACCCGGCUAUGCUGCAGUACCUCAACGGGAGCAACGUCAUUAUUCCAGACACGUUCCGGGACCUAUCAUACGAGUAUUACAGACGCACGGCCAGUGCCUGGAGAGCCUAA